GUAUGUGGAUGUUAUUGCGGCGAUAUCAUGCUAGUUACUCAAAAAUAACAGUUUAAUUGAAAUACGUUUUAACUUACUUAAUUCAUCGAGGGACUGUGACGUAAACGAAAUUAUAUAUUUGAAUAUCAUUACUUAUUCAAUAGUUAAAUGCUUUUAUUUUGAAAGGCACCGGCAAGGAUAUUGCUUAAUGCUGAGGGUGAAUUGAUUCUGCCAAAGAGAGCAACCAACGCACAGUGGCUGCGUGAAGGAAAACGGGGGAAGCUCGGACAAGAACCGGCUGGACUGUGGUCGGGAUCUCAGCAUGCCACAAUAUAAAUGCUGAGUCUGGAGCCGAAAUAUCUGAAUUUACUUCCCGAGCGGCGAUAGUUGACGGCCACACUCCGUUUUCUAACCUUUUAGAGCUCGCAGAAAAGCGCUGGCGGCUGCGGUUUGAAAGCCAGCAGGGACAGCUAGCGGGUUCAACAGCAGAUAGGAAGCAGGAGUGUCGGCUGCUUUGAGAGAGCCAUGAGAGAGUACAAAGUAGUGGUUCUCGGGUCCGGCGGGGUCGGGAAAUCCGCGUUGACCGUCCAGUUCGUGACUGGCUCCUUCAUAGAAAAAUACGACCCAACGAUAGAGGAUUUCUACCGAAAGGAGAUCGAAGUGGACUCGUCUCCGUCUGUGCUGGAGAUCCUGGACACGGCAGGGACAGAGCAGUUCGCCUCCAUGCGAGACCUCUACAUCAAAAACGGACAGGGCUUCAUCCUGGUCUACAGUCUGGUGAACCAGCAGAGCUUCCAGGACAUCAAACCCAUGCGGGACCAGAUCAUUCGGGUCAAAAGGUACGAGCGGGUACCGAUGAUCCUGGUCGGAAACAAAGUGGACCUGGAGGGCGAGAGGGAGGUCUCGUCCGGUGAGGGGAAAGCGCUGUCGGACGAGUGGAACUGCCCGUUCAUGGAAACCUCAGCCAAAAAUAAAACCUCGGUGGACGAACUGUUUGCAGAGAUAGUCCGACAGAUGAACUAUGCCACAACACCAAAUGGCGACGACCAAUGCUGCUCCUCUUGUGUGAUACUUUAAGAAAAAAGACAAUCACAAAGUUUUAUUCUCUACUCGGUUUUAAGUUUGCAAUGUGUGUUGCAGCGAGUCUGUACCGUUGGGCUCUUCUUCGUGUCUCACCCUGGCCUUGGAGGAAAAUGAACGGAGGAAUGCUGCAGGGGGACAGGAGGAGGAGAAGGGCAACUGAGACAGAGGGGAGGGUUCCACUCUUCAGGAAUUCUGUUGGGUCGGAGUAAAUGCACAAUCAAGCGUCCACCACCGAUGUCAACGCAGAGUCGGAUCAAGAGUUUCAGAAACCCCAACCCUCCUUUCCAACCGGAACUAAACUCCAAUGGAAAAGAUACAGAGAUUAACACUUAGAGGAACUCACAAAUGGAUAUUUCUGUAUGAGAAGAAGACAGGGAGAUAGAAUAUAUUUUGUUAAAUAACUGCACUGUCGGGAAGGACAAAGAUUUUGGUACCUGUAACCAGUUUGGAGAAUUUCUCCACAGCACUCCAAACCCUAUUUUAUCUUCCUUUCCAAAGUCAGAAGGAAGCCACAUAUUUGGUGAUGGAGUAUAUGUGAUGAGUGCCACUUUUUCUUUUUUUUCUUCACCAUAGCUGAAGCGAUAUGGAGACGCUGACCUGAUCGCCCUUGUGUCUAGUGCCUUUCCGAAACAAAUCAGCUGUUCAGAUUUUGUGCCAUACUAUAUGUAUCACCAAAAGAACCCUUCAACAUGGCCAUUCACAAGCUUGUGAACUCCUCUCCGGGAUAAUCUUGUAAAAUGGUUGAGGCUAAAAACUUGACUAACUACAACAGGUUUAUUUUCGUUGCUAGUGAAAAGAGUAGAUUUCUGUUUGUAUUAUGUUAUCCUUUUUUUAACUAAUGGCAUUCUUCAGUGUCUGCUUGGUCUGGCCAGAUCUCUUUCUGUUGAAAUGCGCAGGUACUGAAACCAACCUCGGUGUGAUAACAAAACACGAUGCUUACCUUUCAGACCAGUUUGUUCAAAGGAAUCCAGUUUGUUCUGUUUGUUUUCGUUGUUUUUAAACAGGAAAUGUGAUGAUGUUCCGUUGACGAAUCUAAACUGAUUGUAAGUUUAAUUUCAGAUCAACCACACAACAGUGGGCUGUUUUAAAGAGAAUUCUUUUAAUACAAUUUGCAUUUUUAAAAAAAGAAA